AUGGAUACAACACAUCCAUUGAGCAACCCUAUGGUUGUAAGAUCACUUGAAGAAGAGAAAGAUCCAUUCCAACCUCGGGAAAAUGAUGAAGAAAUUCUUGGUUAUUUAUCUGAUCCUCGUAAUGGUUUUGCAGAUGCAGCUACAUCUUCCAAUCAUUCUGAAAUUUUAGCAAUUCACGAGGCUAGUCGUGAAUGUGUAUGGUUAAGGUCGGUUGUUCAACAUAUAAAAGAAGUUUGUGGUUUAUCAUCUGGGAAAGAGGCACCGACAACUUUAUACGAGGAUAAUGCAGCUUGUAUUGCUCAACUUAAGGAAGGAUACAUCAAAGGUGACAGAACAAAUCACAUCUUACCCAAAUUUUUCUUCACUCAUGAUCUUCAGAAUAAUGGAGAUAUAAAUGUUUUGCAGAUUCGUUCAAGUGAGAAUUUAGCAAACCUAUUCACUAAGGCUCUUCCAACCGCAACCUUAAAAAAGUUAGUUUAUCGUAUUGGAUUGCGUCGUCUCAAAGAUCUUCGGUGA